CGGCGGCCGGUCCCGCUCAGUGGCCGCUGCGUCAAAAUGGCGGCGGCGGCGGGAAAUGCGAGUGAGUGGGGAGUGCGGAGCGUCUGAGGGGCUGCGCCGCCAUGGACGCUCAGGGCUGCAUGAAGGCCCUGCUCCUGGCAGCCACGCAGUACCGCGCCGCCAAGACACCGCACAACGCCGCGCUCCUGCAGCGCAGCCUGGAGGUUAUCUCUGGACUGAAGCUUACACGGUUAUUUGCUUCAAACCAGAUUCUACCAAGUGAAUGUCUCAGUUGCCUUGUGGAGCUCCUUGAGGACACUAAUAUAAACCCAUCUCUGACCUUGUCUGUGGUUACUUUGCUCUCACAACUAGCUUCAGACAAUGAGACUAGAGAAGCUCUGCAGGACACCUACAAUCUGACCAGCGUGCUGGCAGGAGUGGUUCAUCGAAGUUCUGCUAACCUUAGCGACCCACUCUUAUUACAGGGUAUUCAGCUGCUGCAGAGACUAACCUACAACGUUCCAGUCUUCUGUGCUGGCACCAACAUCGAUGAAUUAAUUUCAUUUCUAAUGCACCACGUUCAGUCCACUGAAGAUGAGUUAACGAUACCGUGUUUGGGACUCCUGGCAAAUCUCUGUCGUCACAACUUGUCUAUUCAAAGUCAGAUAAAAUCUUUGAAUAAUGUGAAGAGUUUCUAUCGUACCUUAAUAAGCUUCCUGGCCCACAGCAGUUUGACUAUGGUUGUGUUUGCACUUUCAGUAUUAUCAAGCCUUACCCUAAAUGAAGAAGUAGGAGAAAAACUCUUUCAUGCUCGAAAUAUCCAUCAGACAUUUCAGUUAAUAUUCAAUAUUGUUGUAAAUGGAGAUGGUACUCUAACAAGAAAAUACUCUGUUGAUCUACUCAUGGAUCUUAUGAAGAACCCCAAAGUUGCAGAUUAUCUUACCAGAUACGAGCACUUUACCUCUUGCCUUGGUCAAGUAUUAGAUCUUCUUCAUGGAAGGGAUCCUGAUUCAUCAUCUAAGAUCUUGGAGCUGCUGCUUGCCUUCUGUUCCGUGGCAGAACUGCGUCAUACCCUGCGGCAGGCGAUACUGGAACCGUCUGGCUUCCCGGUCUCUGGAAGCACCAGAUUUGGGACUCGCUCAAAGACUUUUGAACCAUCUGUUGCACUGGUGCACUUGUCAAACCAGCCAUUGGAAGGCUCUGAAGACUGUUCAGUUCUAGCGCUGCAACUAUUCAGAGAGAUUUUUGAGGAUGUUAUUAACAAUGGGAACAGUGUCUCAGCUGAACACUUUGUGGAUCUUUUGCUGCCUGUUCUUCUUGAUCAUCUUCAGAUGCCAGAACAGAUUGUGGAUGAGCUAUUAGUGAAGAAAAAGUGUGAAAGAAUGAUCAAGGCUAUCAAUGUCCUGACAAUGCUCUGUAGAGAUGACAUGCUGAAAAUGCAUGUAUCAAAGGUACUCACUGCCAGCCAAUGCACAUGUCUAAUAGAACACCAGUUUACUUACAGUGGGAUUGAUACUGGCUUUGGGACAAAAGUAGUGGACUCUAAAAUGUGCAAACUUGCUGCUGAUAUCAUUUUGAAAACGCUUGAGCUCAUGAGCAGGUUGAAGCAGGAUGUACCUGGUAUGGAGGUCAGCUUCUACAAAAUUUUACAGGAUCAGCGCUUGAUUACACCUUUGACAUUUGCUUUAACAUCAAACCAUAGAGAGCAAGUCCAAGGGGGACUUAGAAUACUGUUUGAGGCUGCACCCUUACCAGAUUUUCCUGCCAUAGUGCUUGGUGAAAGCAUUGCAGCAAAUAAUGCCUACAGACAACAAGAAACAGAACAUGCAGCAAAAAGAAUCCAAAUGCAGGCAUCUGUGGCCAACAUCACUUCAGUGAGGUGUUCUUCAUCCCGUCCUUCAAGUGAUGAAUCCACAGCUUCAAAUAUUCAGGAAUUAAUACAGAAACUUCACUCUGGACUAGAGAUGAAGGAGCCGUUGGCUGACAUGAGGAUCUCUGACAUAAUGGAUGUCUACGAGCAGAAGCUGUCGGCGUUAGCAUCCAAAGAAGCCAGGCUGCAAGACCUUUUGGAAGCCAAGGCAGUAGCUCUGGCUCAGGCUGAUAGGCUGAUGGCUCAGUACCGAUGUCAGAGAGCCCAGGCUGAGUCCGAGGCAAGAACUCUGGCUGCAAUGUUGAAGGAUGCAGAACGAAAAAAUGAAGAACUUAAUGACUUGCUGAAAGCUCAGCAGGUGGAAUCUGAACGAGCACAGACUGAUAUUGAGCAGCUCUUUCAACACAACAGGAAGUUGCAGACAGUUGCUGAAGAACAUGAAAUACUGAAAAAAUCCUCUGUUGAUCUUCUUCAGAGGUAUGAAACAACUGAAAGACAUUAUAAAGAUCUACAGACUACAUGCAAUUCACUAAAUAAACAAAUGGAAGCAAUGAAGAAACUAAAUGAAUCACUCGAGCAGCAGAAUGACAGAACUGCUGCACGGUUGGUAGAAAGUGAAGAUCGCAGAAAAGAAUUACAGCAGCAGCUACAGGAGAGAGAUGGCAAAAUAUUGACCUUGCAACAGAAUAUAAAAGUUCUGGAAGAAAAACUGAAAACUCAACAGAAAGAAAAAAUAGAUAUGGAACAAAGUAUCGAUAUUCUUAGAAAGGAAUUAAGUAAAACAGAGCAAGCAAGGAAAGAACUGAGUAUCAAGGCAUCUUCUCUGGAAGUUCAAAAAUCCCAGUUGGAAGGACGCUUGGAAGAAAAAGAGGCACUUGUAAAACUACGGAAGGAAGAAUUGAACAAACACUCCAAUAUGAUUACAAUGAUUCAUAGUCUAAGUGGUGGCAAGUUAAGUGCAGAAGCAGUGAACCUCAGUUUGUAGGGCUCUGUUUUUAAGAUUUUAGUGUUUUAUACAUAUGUAUGAAUGUAUGUAAAGAUUUUUAGAUCUGACUUUUAAAACAUCUAAAAUUAAAGUAGCCUAACUAUCAAUUCAGAAGAAAAUGUGGUAAUUGUGGAAACUUUGGCCUGAAAAAAUGAGCUACUGUAUAGCAAAUAGGUGUUGGUAGAACUAUUAUCGUCUGUUUUGGGAGCUAAAUGCAACUUCAGCAGGUGACUGAAUAUAUUUGUAGGGAAACAUAAAGCACAUAGGAGUCACUGACUUUUUUUUGUCCGUAUAUUUUUCUUUUGGCUGUCUGGCAAGCAGCAUGCUUCAUAAGCUGAGCACUUCUAUAAUUUAAUCUUGGUAAUUCUGGCUCUUCUGAAUACCAUUAUUAUUAUUUGUACGCUGUUGCUUUUUGAUGUCUAAGGUACAAACAUAAAAAUAAAAUGAAUUUUAUCAAUUAGAACAUGUUACAUUGAAAGCUCUUUUUAUCAGCCUGUUGGUCCAAGUACUUCAUGUAGUAAAAAUGUGGAGGUGUUUCUAAUUCUGAGGAGACAUGAAUUUGAGCAUGUAGAAUACCAAACCUAACUGACCUUUUGGCACCAAUUAGGGAAAGCAUGAGGAAAUGCAUUACAUGAAUGUACAAAUAUUUCUUAAAUACUAGAUAAUACUUUGCUAAUCCUACAACACUUUGUUUU